UCUGCUCGGUUCCGUGUACUGACGAUUGAACGGGAUUAGGGGUCCAAAGCUGAAUGCAGACGGACUCUGGAGAAGUGGGUGUGUCAGAACGGCUUGGAACGGAGCUCGAGCCACCCUGGGCCGGUCCAGAUGUGUCCAGGUGCAGACAGACUCGUCCAGGUGUGUGAAUUCUGUCUUUUUUGACGAAACGGUCUGGAAGCAUGAGCACAGAAAAGGACGAGUCCAUCAGCGGUUCCGAAGGUUGUGACUGGGUCCCUGCGGCGGACCGGGACCUGCCCCUGGACCGCCUGAUUCUGGGCCUGGAUGCGGACGAGUAUUCGAGCUCAGCCUUCCUGGACGUGGACCCGAACUGCACCGAGAGCACGAAGAGGCGGGUUCGGUCCAACAGUUCGAGGCACCGCGGGGAGGUGGUGACGGAUCUGGGUCCAGAGGAGGUCCGGUGGUUCUACAAGGAGGACAAACGGACGUGGAAACCUUUCGUGGGACACGACUCCUUAAAGAUUGAGGUGGUGUUCCGGAGGUCCUGCGAGCAGAACGCCGCCGAUCCCGCCCGGUCCACGGACACGGACUGUGGGAGUGUGUCGGAGGACGCUGUGGAUCCGGUGUGCGUCCGAGGAGGGUUCUACGAGGUGGACGUCAGAGAACGGGAGAGUUAUCCGGUCUACUGGAACCAGCAGGACCGUAUUCCCGUCAUGAGGGGUCAGUGGUUCACAGAUGGCACGUGGCUCCCCCUGGAGGAGGAUGAAAGUAAUCUUAUUGAGCUGGAGCACUUGGAUCACUUCAGGGGGCAACAGAUGAGGGACACCUACGAGAUGGAGGCAGUGAUGGCGAUUGUGAACAGUAAGGACGCGAUCCACAGUCUGAAGCUGAGCCGCAGUCAUGUGGACUGGUACGGUGUCGAUGAGGUGUACCUGUACAGCGACGCUACCACCUCCAAGAUCGCACGCACCGUUACCCAGAAACUGGGCUUCUCCAAAGCCUCGAGCAGCGGGACCCGUCUCCAUCGAGGAUAUGUGGAGGAGGCAGCGCCUGAGGAUGCGCCCCCCGAAACGACCCACAUAGUCUUUGUGGUUCAUGGCAUCGGUCAAAAGAUGGACCAGGGCCGCAUCAUAAGGAACACCAGCAUGAUGCGAGAUGCUGCCAGGAAGAUGGAGGAGAAACACUUCUCUGAUCGCACCGCAGAGCAUGUAGAAUUCCUUCCUGUGGAGUGGAGGUCCAAACUGGCUCUGGAUGGAGACACAGUGGAGUCCAUCACACCGGACAAAGUCAGAGGUCUCAGAGACAUGCUGAACAGCAGCGCCAUGGACAUCAUGUACUACACCAGCCCUCUGUACAGAGAUGAGAUUACCAGGGGUCUAACCCUGGAGCUCAAUCGUCUGUAUUCGCUGUUCUGUUCACGGAAUCUGGACUUUGAGAAAAAUGGGAAGGUCUCCAUUGUCUCACAUUCCUUGGGCUGCGUCAUCACCUUUGACAUCAUGACAGGAUGGGACCCUGUUCGCUUUCAUCAUCAAGAAGCACCAGACCCACAAGAGAUGGAGGCUCGCUGGCCAUGUGAUGAGGAGCGUUACCUUCAGGAGCAACUGAGACUCACCCACCUCAGGUUGAGGGACUUGGAGGAUCAGUUCCAGGGUCUGCAGACUUCAGCUUGUGUUGCAGUGCCAGCUCUGAAAUUUAAGGUGGAAAACCUCUUUUGUAUGGGUUCUCCUCUGGCUGUUUUCUUGGCGUUGCGAGGGAUCAGGCCUGGAAACAAUGGCGUCCAAGACCACAUCCUCCCAACAUCUAUUUGUAAACGCCUCUUCAACAUCUUCCACCCGACAGACCCUGUGGCGUACAGACUGGAGCCUCUGAUCUUAAAGCACUACAGUAACGUAGCACCUGUUCAGAUACACUGGUACAACACCGCUAGCCCCACCCCUUACCAUCAGAUCCGGCCCACACUAUUGAAUCCCCCGAAGGACAGUCAGAUGCUAGUGUCAGACACAGAGAGCAUCCCAAGUCCCUGCACCUCCCCACCCCAGGCCCGACGGCACUACGGAGAGUCCAUCACCAAUCUGGGCAAGGCUAGCAUCAUGGGUGCUGCAAGUCUUGGAAAAGGAAUUGGGGAAAUUCUUUUUUCCCGAUUUUCCCGUUCCAGUGGCCAAGUGGGCGGGAUGGAGGAGGAGCCGUCUGAUUGUGAGGGUGGAGUAUGUGAAGUGGAAGAUGUGACAUCAGGAGAAGAAGCAGCAAUGAUGGCUGAAAGUGAGAAGGGUAAACCAGUGGAAGAGGACAAUGAUGAGGUCCAGCUGUCCUUGUCCCAGUCUUCCUCCGCUGUCAUGGACAGCUCAUCAUUGCUGCUGGACAGACGUAUUGACUUUGAGCUGAGGGAGGGCUUGGUCGAGAGCCGCUAUUGGUCAGCUGUAACCUCUCACACGGCCUAUUGGUGCUCAUACGAUGUGGCUCUGUUCCUCCUCACCUUCAUGUACCAGCAGCCGGACCGACCUGAGGCCACAGACAACCACGAGGACUUGUCAUAGUUCCAGAGGUUGCACUCUGUAUGAAAAGAGUCAGUCUUCAGUUCUGUAGAAUGCAAAAGUAAUUACAUUUAUGCUGCCACAAAAUAUGCACUUUAUGAAUUUU